AUGUCUGGUAAAAGUGGAUUUGAUAAUUUUCCAAAUGAAUUAUAUUUAUCUAUAUUUGAUUAUUUAAAUUUAAUUGAUAUUCUUUAUUCAUUUUCAAAUUUAAAUUAUCGAAUAAAUAAUCUUUUAAAAACUUAUUAUCGUUUUACAUUGAAACAUGUUGAUUUAACUAAAUUAAAUCCUAAUGUAUUUAAAUAUUAUUGUUUAGAAAAACAAAUAAAUAAUGAUAUUCAUUCAAUAAAAUUAAAUGAUUAUCAAUUUAAAUAUUUAUCAUUUUCAUCAAAUAAUCGACUUAUUAAAUUAAAUCUUCUACUUGAAAAUGAUUAUUAUCUUCAUUCAAAAGAACAAUUUAUAUUCGAAUAUUUACAAAUUUUAAUAGUUCAACAUAAUGCUUUAACAUGGAAAAAGCCAUUUAUUAUUUGUCAAAAUUUAAAACAAGUUCAAAUUCAUCUUAAAAACCAUUUUGAUCUUAUUGAAUUAUUAAAUUGUUUACCAAUUGUUGAAAAAGUUGAUGCAACUAUUAAUUAUGAUGUUAAUAGUUGUAGAGAAAAUUGUUUAACAAAUAAUUUUUAUUAUUCAAAUAAAUUAAUUGAUUUUUCAUAUAUAAUUCAUUCGAAUAAUGGUCUUGUUUAUUUUGUAACAGAUUAUUCAAUAAUUGAAUCAUUAAUUAAACAACUUAAUAAUUUAAUAAAACUUCGUCUUUAUAUAAUUGGAUGUAUAAAUACAAUAAUCGAUGGAUCUCGUUUAGAAAAUAAUUUAUUUAAUUAUUUACCUAAAUUAGAAGAAUUUGAUUUUUUUAUUCAAUCUUAUGGUGGAUAUGAAAUUAAAUCAAUGGAUCAAUUUCGUUCAUUUAAAUGGAAUUUUGCUUCAUAUACAAAUCAAUUAACUGAUAUGCAUUUUUUAUUUACAUUACCAUUUAAAUUUCAACGUAUUGAUCAAUGUAUAAAUGAAUAUUUUAUUCAUGGAAUUAAAACAACAUUUCAAAAAUCGAAUAAUAUUUGUGAAAAUGAAAAAGAUUUUCCUAUGAUUUAUGUAAAACAUGUUGAUUUAUCAUGUUCAAUAACCGAUAAGUUGUUAAUUUAUCUUCGACAAUCAUUUCCUUCACUAGAAUCAAUUCGUUUUUCAUCAUCAACAGCUGAAUAUUUAUCUUCGAAAUCCUUAUAUCAUCGAUCUCGUUAUUUAAUUAAUUCAAUUCGAACAGUUAUAUUUGAUAAUAGUUGUAAAAAUCAAACAGCAUUUAUUCAUCUUUUACCAAAUUUAAAUAAAUUAAUUAUAAAUCAAACAUUAUUAAAUUGUUUAUUAGAAGAAACAAAUAAUAAUUAUAUUGAUCAAUUAUCAGAAUUACAUCUUUAUUCAUUUCAACGACAUUAUCUUCAUCAAAUAAUUUAUGCUUUUCCAAAUAUUCGUCAUUUAGUAUUAAAAACUCUUUUAACAAAUGAUGAAGGACCAAUUCGAUCAUAUAUUGAUAAUCGUUGUCAUCAUAAACAUCGUCCGGUUUCUGUUUGUGAUGUUUUAGAUGAAUUAUUAAAAAGUAAAUUACGUAAAUUAAAAAAAAUCGAAAUUGGUUGUUAUUUUGAACGAGAUGAACUAAAUAUUGAAGCUAUUUUAUCAAGAUUAAUUACCAAAUAUAUUCAACGAUAUAAUCAAUAUCAUAUUUAUUCCGAAGACUUUAAAUCAACUCGGUGUGGAUCAAUAAAAAUUUUCUUUUUUUAA